UUCAUCAUAAACUCUGUUAUAUUGGAUUAUAAGAGUUGUUAUUUGUGUUCGAAUUUAUUUUGGGAACACUUAAAUUGUAGACGGGUCGGCGAUUCCACCAUGAGGGAUGUUAGGAUUGCAGCAAGCUUUUGUUUUUGUAUUUCUUUGUUUUUGUUAACAGAUGCAAAAGAUAUCGGCAAAGAAGAAGUGGAUAAAGUAAUAGAGGAUGAAAUAACUCAGAAGUUGAGUGAUGAUCUACUACAGAGUCUUGAGAGGAAAUUCCAAGUGGAUCUACAGAAGGCAGUGGAUAUGGUGUUAAUGAAGAUAAAGCUGUUACUGAAGAAUGGAACGCUGCACAUCCAGGAUAGGCUGAGUGAGCUCCAGGAUAUGCUAGACGUCAUCAAGGGACAUGGAGAAAAGGAGUUGGACACCUGUCUACAAAAGAAACAAAAUGAGACCUCCGUAUUAGCGGAGAAGGCUCUGCAUCAGAUGGUGGUCUGCGGGUACGCGCUGAUAGGCCACGACCCAGCACAGGCCGUGCACAGUGUCCUAGCACUCAAGAACAUGAUACGUACGGGAAUCAAACCG